CUCGAGCCCGCCGCGUUAGGCCGCGCCGCCGCGUCGCCUAGCGACAGCCGAGGCCGCCGCGCUUCCGCUUCCGGGCCGGGAGGCAAGAUGGCGGCGGCCGGCGAGGAGGUGGAGGCGGCGGACUGGGCGCUGCCGGCCGAGGUGGAGGUGCUGGAGUCCAUCUACCUGGAGGAACUGCGGGUGGUGCGGGGCCGCGCGAGGUCCGAGCCCUGGGAGGUGAGCAUCACCCUGCACCCCGCCACGGCCCAGGACCAGGACUCGCAGUUCGUGCGCUGCACGCUGGUGCUCGCCGUGCCCCCCCAGUAUCCCAACGAGGCUCCAGACAUCUCCAUCAGCAACCCGCGGGGGCUGUCAGAUGAGCAAAUCCAAAAGAUUUUGCAGACCCUCAGAAAUGUUGCUGAAGCCAGGCUGGGGACAGAGGUGCUGUAUGAGCUGAUUGAGAAGGGGAAGGAGAUUCUCACUGACAACAAUAUUCCUCAUGGCCAGUGUGUGAUCUGCCUCUAUGGAUUCCAGGAAAGGGAAGCCUUCACAAAGACCCAGUGCUACCACUACUUCCACUCCCACUGCCUGGCCCGCUAUGCCCAGCACAUGGAGGAGGAGAUUCUCAUGCAACAGGAGGAGAGAGAACAGCACCUGGCACCUUCCCCCAAACAGAACGUCGGUGUGCAGUGCCCUGUCUGCCGGGAAACCUUGGUUUAUGACCUCUGUGCCCUGAAGGCAGCACCACCACCACAGCACCCACUGGAGCCAUACAGGCCAGAUGCCAAGAUGCUGCAGCACCAAGAAGAACUGCGCUUAAUUUUCAAGAAACAGCAAGAGAAAGGGGGCAUCAUUGACCCCGAAGCAGAGAAGAACCGUUACUUCAUCAGCCUCCAGGCGCCUCCAGCUACUGUUGAUCCAGGCCAGGCAGCUGCUUCCUCUGAGCUGCUGGUGAGUGCUAGUGAUGUGGAUGCACCUCAGGCACCCUGCCAGGCCUCAGCUCUGGAGCCAGCCAGGGCUCCAGAGAGCAGGGCAGAGCCUGGGCAGCCAGAGAGGCUUACUGUGCCCAAGGAACCCCAGAGCAAGAGGGAGAGGCACAGAGGGGAGAGGCCAGGCCCAAGAGGCCAGGGCAGGCAGUCCUGCAGCAGCUCUCAGGAAGCGGCAGGGGAAGCCUGUCAUCUGUCCCAUGGCUCCAGGGUGCCCAGAGGCUUUGGUCAGAGACCAGAGAGAAGACCUGGUGGGAGGCACUGUCAGGAAUUUCCAAAGCCUCACAGCAGAAGCAAGGCAGCUGCGUUGGUUGAAAGAAAGGAGCUGUUCCCUGAAGAUCCUUCACCAGUAGUGGGCGCAGUGGACUUGAAAGAGGAACACCAUAACAUGGAAAGAUGGACCCCGGAGCAAGGUGCUGAAGCCCAAAGCAGGGAGAAGGAGAACCUGGUGUUCAACCGCAGCGAGCACAGAGCAGCUCCUGGCUGGCAAGGCCACCAUAGGCCCUGGGAUUGCGGGAGGUGGGAAAGGUCCAGAGUGCAGGGUCGUGGCUCCUACCACAGAGCACCAAGAGGGCGAGGGGUGUUCAGGCCCAGUGGACAUCGAGAAGCCCAUUUUGUGGAGAAGGAGAGCAGUUCCUAGCAGGAGGGGUAAGGGGCUGGGCUGGGAGAGGCUGUUAAUAACAAGAAUGGCAAAGACUGUGGUAGAGAAAUAGCAAGGAGUCACCAUGCAACUUAGGAGAGAGGAGCAGUUGGCACAGCUUGGGACAGGUGAACUCUCCACGGUUCAUGUAGAGUGAAACAUCAGGCUGUCUGGUGUGAGCAACUGGCUGUCACCACCACUGGAGAAGCUGACUUCUGUCAGGUCACGGCAGCCUUGGUCCUGAAGGAUGCAGGGGGCAGAGGAGGGCUUGACCAGGGACCAGCAUGCAUCCAUUGUUUGUUUUUGUGAGCCAAGAAACAUACAUACCUACAGAAACAAGUGGAAUUAGCUUGACAUGGUGAUACAGCAGCCAAAGCUCUGCAGGACCUUCUCUGGAACUGAGCAUCCCUGCAGAGCCACGGUGGCACCAGGCAAUGAGGCUGUGCCAGGGCAGCAACCUACAGCUCAUCUUGUUUCAUCCUUUGGUGGUUCUUUGAGUACCUUCUCAGCUGCUGUCCCUGCUCCUUAGAGAUGACUUUGUUUCUUCUGUGGUGCAGACUGCUGCUCAACUCAUAGGCUUGGCCAGGCAAGUCCUUUGUAUAACAUGACUCUUCCCAGCCCUAGCCUGAGCUAAGUUAAGUUUAAGCCAAUGCUUUAGCAAGUCAGGACUAUCCAGUGACUGAGGCCUGGUGCUGGCUCCUGCUCCCCAUGGAAGCUUGAGUUUAGCUGGAGCUUCUGCCCUGUCCUUCAGCUGCUUUUUUGCAGUUCCUUCUGCUGCUGUUUCAGAUUCAAACCACGUCCUGUUGCAGAGACAUGACAGGAAUCCCAAAUUUCUGAAGUGGGACACUGCUAUUAAAUUAAUCUGUUGGGUCUUC